AUGGAAAAGUACGAGCUUGUGAAGGAUAUUGGAUCUGGGAAUUUUGGGGUGGCGAGGCUGAUGAGGAACAAAGAAACCAAAGAGCUCGUCGCCAUGAAAUACAUCGACCGUGGUCUCAAGAUUGAUGAGAAUGUGGCAAGAGAAAUCAUAAACCACAGGUCGCUUCGCCAUCCAAACAUCAUUCGGUUCAAGGAGGUAGUUUUGACUCCUACACAUCUCGCUAUCGUGAUGGAGUACGCUGCAGGUGGAGAACUUUUUGAGCGAAUUUGCAAUGCUGGAAGGUUCAGUGAGGAUGAGGCUAGAUAUUUUUUCCAGCAGCUUAUCUCGGGAGUUAGCUACUGUCAUUCUCUGCAAAUAUGCCACCGAGAUUUGAAGCUGGAGAAUACCUUGCUGGAUGGCAGCCCGGCUCCACGCCUGAAAAUUUGUGAUUUCGGUUAUUCUAAGUCAUCAUUGCUGCAUUCAAGGCCUAAAUCGACUGUGGGUACUCCAGCAUAUAUUGCUCCUGAGGUUCUUUCUCGAAGAGAGUAUGAUGGCAAGAUGUAUGGGUCAUGUGGGGUGACCCUAUAUGUUAUGCUGGUGGGAGCAUAUCCUUUUGAAGACCAAGAAGAUCCAAAGAAUUUCAGGAAAACCAUUAAUCGAAUAAUGGCCGUUCAGUACAAGAUCCCUGACUAUGUUCACAUAUCUCAAGAUUGUAGGCAUCUGCUCUCUCGCAUCUUUGUUGCAAAUCCAGCAAGGAGGAUCACCAUUAAAGAAAUCAAGAACCAUCCAUGGUUUUUGAAGAACUUGCCUAGAGAGCUUACGGAAGCAGCUCAAACCAUCUACUACAGAAAAGAAAACCCAACCUUUUCCCUCCAAAGUAUCGAAGACAUCAUGAAGAUAGUGGAAGAAGCCAAAAUUCCUCCUCCUGUUUCCCGAUCGAUUGGAGGCUUUGGGUGGGGAGAAGAAGAUGGUGAUACAAAGGAAGAGGUAGAAGGCGAGGAGGAGGAAGACGAGUAUGAAAAGACAGUCAAAGAAAUACAUGCAAGUGGAGAAGUACGUGUUAGCUGA